GGGUCUAUUCGACUCACUGUCGUUUGAGAAAGGGAAGAAUAGAGGGCAGCUUGUGGAGAACAGCUGGGUUUGGUAAAGGGUUCGGGGUAGUGUUUUGGAAAUUAUUUUGUUUAUACAGCCUGCUUGUUUCCAAAUAAUUAUCCUGGCGAAAGGUUGAACGGUGAAAUGGAGGCGGACAGAUCCGGCGGAGGACUAAACCCGAACUCCGGAGGCGGUGGCGGCGGAGGCAGUGGUACUAGCGGAGCGGGGCGCAACCCUAACGGGCCCAAAGCAGGACCGGGCCAGACGACAUCGGGUGCCGGAGUCGGGCCAAUGGCAGCGGCAGCCGGGGCCAUCCCCGGGUCGUUCCUACCUCGAGAGGCGCAGGACGGGGACUCGGGUAUGACGCUUCCCGGGAUCCUGCACUUCAUCCAGUACGAGUGGGGACGCUUCCAGGCCGAGAAAUACCGCUGGGAGGCUGAGAGGGACGAACUCAGGGCUCAGGUGGCAUUCCUGCAGGGUGAAAGAAAAGGCCAGGAGAACAUGAAACAAGACCUAGUGAGGCGGAUCAAAAUGUUGGAGUACGCCCUCAAACAAGAAAGGGCUAAGCACCAGAAGCUGAAAUCUGGAAAUGACCAGAGUCCUGGAGACAAGAAGCCUGAGAUGGAGGCAGAUCAGCUUCCCAAUGGACCAGCUGAGGCCGACUCUGAGCCACCCAAUCAAAUGUCAUGGAAAGAGGGUCGUCAACUACUACGCAAGUACCUUGAGGAAGUCGGCUAUUCAGACACCAUCCUGGACAUGCGCUCUAAACGCGUGCGGUCCCUGCUGGGGCGGAGCAGCCCGGAGGCCAACGGGCCCCCAUCGAGCGACAGCUGUCCGGAACCAGAACCCCGAGCGGCUGGAGACUCAUUGUUGGUCAGACAAAUAGAAGAACAAAUUAAAAAGAAUGCAGGCAAAGAAAGCUCCAAGGAGAGCAUCGGCAGCUCGGUGCUCGACAAGAUCCCCUUCCUUCCCGGUUGCGAGGAUGACGAUGAAGAAGACAGUGACGAGGAAGAUGACUUCCAAGGCAUGACCACUGAUUGCAUCGACGGUCCACGCAAAAUCAAAAAGCCCCGUGUAAAGAUAAGUUCAGAGCCCAUGACUACAGAUCUGGACCCGGAGGAUGAGGAGGACGAGGACGACUCAGAAGACGCCCUGAAUGAAUUUGACUUUCUGGGCUCGGGGGAGGAUGGGGAGGGGGCGGGAGAGGCCCGGAUCUCGGGCGAUGGACGGGAGAUAGAAAACCGCAGAAACAAGCUGCAAGGCAUGAUGUCGGACUUCCCACCUAAACCUUCUCCGCCCCCAUCUGUAUCGGGACAGGCUCGCUCCGGGGAAGGUGGUGCCCUGGGAUUCUCCUCUGAUGUCUUUAUUAUGGACGCUGUUGGAGGAGGCGACAUGAACCUGGGUGAACUGGCGGAUCUCACCGUCGCCAACGACAAUGAACUCUCCAUCGAUAUGCAGGACAACAGAGAGGAGUUCAAGAAGACCUGGAAUCCUCGUUUCACGCUGCGCAGCCACUUUGACGCCAUCCGGGCGUUGACGUUCCACCCCAGCCAAGCAGUGCUGCUCACGGCGUCUGAGGACGGCACGUUAAAGCUGUGGAACCUCAACAAGGCCAUGCACUCAAAAAAGAAUGCAGCUUUGGACGUUGAGCCCAUCUACACCUUCAGGGCACACAGUGGAGCGGUGCUGUCGCUGACCAUGAGUGAGGACGGAGAGUCCUGCUACAGCGGAGGUUUGGAUGGAAGCGUCAGAUGUUGGAAGAUGCCCGACCUCAACGUAGAUCCUUAUGAUAACUACGAUCCUGGCAUUCAGAGCAGCGUGCUGGACGGCCACGAGGACAGCGUUUGGGGUCUAACGUACUCGUCGGUUCACCAUCGUCUCGCUUCCUGCUCAGCUGAUGGCACGAUUCGCCUCUGGGACCCUCAGAACUCAUCUCCCUGCAUGUCCGUCUUCAACAAGGAGAGAGAGCACGGAACCCCGACUUCUGUGGCCUUUGUGACCACUGACCCCAACCAGGUGGUGGUGUCGUUCGACAGCGGAGAGACGCUGCUCUAUGACCUCAACACGGAGCACAGCAUCACCGCGCUAGAGACGCAAACGAAAGAUGGCAGUGAACUAAUCAAUCGCGUCGUCAGUCACCCAAAUGAACCCGUUUCCAUUACUGCACAUGAGAACCGCACCAUCCGCUUCAUGGACAACAAGACUGGUAAAGUUGUCCACUCCAUGGUGGCUCACUUGGAUGCUGUCACAUGCCUCACUACAGACCCUAAAGGCACUUACCUCAUCUCUGGAAGCCACGACUGCUCGGUGCGUCUGUGGAUGCUGGACAACAGGACGUGCGUGCAGGAAAUCACCGCCCACAGGAAGAAGCACGACGAGGCCAUUCACGACGUGGCCUUCCACCCUUCUCAGCCCUUCAUCGCCAGCGCUGGCGCAGACGCACUUGCCAAGAUUUUUGUGUGAAUCCACUGUUGCCAUUUUGCGUCCUGCAACCACAACUAGGCAAAAAAAGAUGAUGAAGAUGACAGCGGACAAAUUUCUCUCUCUCUCUUUUCUUCUCUCUUUCUCUCUCUAUCUUUAUCACACACACGCAAACACACCCAACUGUCCUGCAGCCCACUGGCUGGGUCAUCACCACAGGACAUCAACCCCCUGAUCCCUCUUCUACCCCUCAAAGUUCUCUGAUGCCUCAGUGACUUCUUGUAAUACUAAUCAUAUCUUGUACUGCUUUUUUACAACUUAAAAAGUUAUGGCUGCUCUGUUUUCAAAUAAUCAUAUUUAAAAAAACACACACACUUUUCUACACUACACUCUCCAGCUUGUUUUCGCCCUCUCUCCAUUCUGCCUGUGUUUGUUAAGACGCACCUUGUGUAUAUGUUUAUGCACUCUCGCUGCUGACACACUACCCAUACUUCACUAACAGGUUUGCACCGUCGCCUGUCCUUUCUGAUCUUCAGUUUGAAUUUAUGAGGAAAGUGUUUCUGGCAGACAAACAAUAGGGUUGCUGCCAGGGCUCACAAGAAACACCCGAUCCAGGCUCUGCUUUGGAAAUUAUCUCACAUUCCAAAGGAUCCAUGUAGGUUGUGUUUGUUCGGUUCCACAUUUUGGAUAGGAGAAAGUUUUACCUCGGUUGUGUGUAAUAUCAGGAGACACUAAGCAGUAAACAAAUAGCUUUACUUUUAAAUAUCUUAUCACUUCAUCUCGUUUCAUUCCUCCGUGUGGCGUCCCGUGGUUCUGCGUCUUCUCCUGUGGGUUGCUGUUUAAAGGCAAAAAAACGCCCCUGAAACAACAGAUUCCCACAGUCAUGAUCCAUUUCAAACUGAUGCUCUCGUACUACAUUACACGGCUGAAGAUAGAGAUUAUAGGACCCCAGCUGAAAUCAGUAGGCUGUAAAGGUGUGAGCCUGGCCUUCGCGCUCUAGGCAAAUGGCACAGAUGCUGCCAUUUGGUGCUUUUUACUGUACAGUGGAGUGUGUGCGCGUGCAUUGUGUGUUUGUAAAUGCACUAUUUAAACCAUGGUGCUACAAAAAGACCUCAUUAGUCUUGAGUCGGAAUCAGGGACCUGUUUAUUGUCUUUCAGUGUGAUUGUUGGCACUUUUUAAUCUGUUUUGGUUGUGUCAUUUCAUUAGCCGUGGCUGCGUUUCAGAAUUAGCAGUCACUGUUAAUGUUUUGAUUGAGGAAUGUGAAGAGUUUUGAUUGUUUCAGGCCUGAUUGAUGUGCAGGUCUGAUCCUGAGAAGGUCAUUUUGAGCUUUCAGAAGAGCUUCAUGAAGGCGGUGCCAGUUUCUGGGGGGGGGGGGGGUUAUGGGUUGUUUUGUUGCUGGUUUUUAAUAUUUUAGAAACACCAGAACUCAUUCAGCUUUCUGUUGAAGGUGAAAAUAUGGGUUCCUUCUUGCUCCAGAGGCAUCCUAGGGAAAAUGUUGACUUCUGGUUAGAAGUUUGCAAACACUCAGCAAAAUUAUCAUUUACUUUUGUGAGCGUUUAAUGCUUUUUUAACCUUACUUUUUUAGGAUAACAAAAAAAAAACAGGUUUGGGGGCACAAGUUUGCAUUUAUUGUGGAUUUUUUCUUUUAACCACACAUGAUCAAAACAACACAGAUAGACUCAAAAACUAAAGUAUUGGUAAUUGUCCCUUAAUAAAUAAUACUUUUACCACAAGCAUUAUGCAGUCUAUUUCGACUGGACAUUUGACUGGACUGCAUGUCAGUUGGUUGGUUUCCUGCCAUAGACUUGGAUUUUAAGCAUAUCUUAUAUAUUUUCAAUACUGUUGAGAUGAGGGCCUUUUCAGAAAUUUAAUAUUUGCCAGGGUUGAAAAAAAAUAUUGUGGAGUUUCAGAAAAGCCACAAUGAAUUUAAAUUUGUGUUCCUAUUUUCUCCUUUCUAAUUCAUUGAAGUUUUAUCUUGUAUUAUGGGUUAGCCCAAGUAAAGAAUGGCUGAAAUAAGUCAUUAAAAGUUCAGCACAAAUAUGCUGAUACGUGUAAAACUCUGAACUAAACGUUCUUCUUGGGAAAAAGUAUUGAUGUAAAAAAAAGUGUGGGUGUUAUUUGACGCUGGUGACACCUGGUAUGUUUCGGUGACUUGUUGUUUUGAACGUAACCCAGCGAUCCCCUGGGUUUAAGCAGUUCCUCUGAAACUCCGCACAUCUGUCUCUUCCUUCGCUGCGUUUAUACAAAUCUCUGCAAAUCGUCAUCUGGUUCUGAAUGUGCACAAUCUGUCGGCAUACGACAAUGUUUUCGGUGUGAGAAGCUGCAACGCGUCAGGUUCAAACUAGCUAAACUAAGAUGUUGAUAAACGAGGAGGAGAUGGAGAACACAUGCACUAAAAUAGAUUUGUAAAAUCAUUGCUGGGUCUUUCACGACAUUUAGAUAAUCCAGGUAUCUUGCGGAUUAUCUAACAUCCGGUAAAUAAAGUCCUCUAGAUUAGAUAUGGAUUUCUAAAAACAAACACAUUUAUCAGGUUUAGGUGAAAUUUGCCUUUUCCCAAGCAGCCCUCAGUUCAAGACCCCUAAGACUUGAUAUACAGGGUCACAAAUAGUUUUUUUUCUUUUGCAAUGCUAGAAUUAUCUGUAUAUUUUUUGUCCAAACAGGGUGUUGUAUAAAUGUGUGAGAUUAGACAACAUGUCACUGCUGUUAGUUUGACAUAAAUCUGAAAAAACAAAGAAAAAAAAAAAAGAUAUGCCCCACAGCAGGUCAUAAUGUUCUGUUCCUAUACUUAACUACUAUUUACUUCCACCUUGCACUACAUCUGAAAGUGAAUGAAAAGUUAGUUUAGAAAUGAGCCGAUGGGGGUGCAGGAAGGUUUUGCAGGUGGCUUCGUCGCCUGAAUCGAAACCUCCGUCCCCGAGUUGUUCCCUCUCUCCUCUGAGGGGAGUGAAGACAAAUCAGUGUCGCAUUUAGAAAAGAAACCGGAAACAGGCUGUAGAUGAUGAGUAGAUUCACCAUUAUGUGCUGUAAAUGUCGAUCAUUUCGUUGUUUUUCUUUAUUGCAUUUCAUUAAAAAAAAAAAAAUGAAUAUGAUUCUUAAGAUUUAAAAAUACUGUAGUAUCAGAAGAGAGUCGUUUUUUUUCCUUGCUACACAUAGAACAUACUUGUGAAUGAUGAGGAUGAUGUAAAACUUGUUAAAAAAAAGGAAGAAAAAAAAGGCAAAACGGUUAAAAAGCAAAAGAAAAAUGCUGAAAAUAUGUUGGGAGGUGGGAGGAAAUAAUCUGUUACCAGUCAGAGGCCAAGAUAAAGGACUCUCAUUUCUUUGUGUUUUUAUUUUUUUAUUAGCAACUUAUCACUGUGUGAUAUUUUGUACAUCAUAUAAAGCUGUAUUCCAACAAUUUCCUCUAACUACAAGGGAUAAGAGACCUGCUUUUUAUUGAUUUUGUCUUAUAUAUUUUUGAACUGCAUUCUGGCUUGUAUCAAAUGACUCUUUUUGUUUACAGGGGUCGCCUGUUGUAUGUCAUUAAGGAAGAAAAGAUGAAAAAUUAAAAUUUUGUACAGUGAAAUA